CUGUGCCAGAACGGAACUUCCUUCCUCGACUGGGUCCCAGAAAAAAAAAUACAGUUGGAGGCUUUUAUAAAUUGGGACUAUGGUCAGCUUUCAGUCGCUGUGUCAGCUUCAGAUCGUCGAACACAGAGGUUUUAACCACAACAGGUCACCGUCGGCAGCUUUUCUAAGAUCGACAGCAUGAUUCCUCCAACACAGGCGCUGCUUAUCGGCGCGGUUUUCCUCUGCGCGCUGGAGGAAACGGUCCAGUCUCACUUAGGACACUGCGCCGAGAAUCAAUGUUUUGCGCUUUUCCAGGAUCCCGAGGAUCAUGCAGGCGCUCAGAAACACUGCAAAGACUCGGGCGGACAGUUAUUAAAGUACAGCUUUGGAGACUUUGUGAAGAUACUGAAGAGUCCGGUCAGCGGUCAUUUCUGGUUGGACGCGUCAGCAGGGGAAGCAGCGGCGGGUCUCCGAUACUGCCCCUCCAUCUUCGUGUCGAUGGGACAGGACCCGACGGUGCUGUGGAAGCCCUGCCGCGACACCAUGGAUGGAUUUCUGUGCCAGUAUACAUUCGAUGAGCCGUGCACUGGUUUGCUGACAGGUGAAGGCGCACAGGUAAACUACACCAGCCACUGGGACUUCGAGCUGUACGAUUCGGAAGCGUUUCCACCAGGAACGAUCGCUGUAGAGAAAAAGGUUGACGGUAAAUAUCCGGACUCAAAGCAUAUGUGUUACUCCAGCGUUUGGUUGCAAGCUCCCUGGAACUGUGAGGUGUUUAGGGGCGGCUGUGAGCAUACCUGCGCUUCUCCAUCACCACAAACACACACCUGCCUCUGUCCCGCAGGGAAAACUCUCCAUCCCAACAACUUCGCCUGCACCAGAGGUCCGUGCGAGGAGAACCCGUGCACAGGUGAUGAUGAGGAGUGUCAGAUUACCGAGGGAGGGUUUAGCUGCAGGUGCAAAGAUGGCUUCCUUAAGGAGGAUGGAGUGUGUGUAAACGUUUCAAUCUGUGUGAAGUGUGAGCACAUGAAGUGUAACAAAUCCAACGGGGUUUAUGAGUGUGGGUGCCGAGAAGGGUUUAGGGUGUCACCACACAACCCCACCAAGUGUGAGGUGAUCUGCACUGAGAGAGACUGUCCAGGCAUGUGCAUCCAGAGUGACGCGGAGAACUAUCAGUGUUUCUGUCCUGAUGGCUACAUUCAAGACAUUGUAGGCACGAAACCCUUGUGCACAGACAUAAAUGAAUGUGAGAGUGACUCAUGUGAUUUCAAGUGUGAAAACGUAUUCGGUAGUUACAGAUGUUUGUGUGAUGAGGGUUUCAAGCUGGACCACGAUGGGCACAAGUGCAUACCCAUGGAAGAAGAGGAGGAGGAUGGAUCAGGCUUCACUCACUCAAACCCAACACCCGCAAGUGCCUACCCAGCCGUUGUGCCCUCUUACAUCAAGACCGGCAGCGUCCUGGGUAUCACCGUGUUCAUGGCACUGUGUGCAGCACUGCUGUUUUUCCUGAUCCGAAACACUGUCAAACGUUGUGGCAAAUUUGAGCUGACCUCUUUCAAACAUCCAGAUAUCGAUAUUUACUAUCUGCAGCAGGUGACCACAGAGACAUACAAGAGGUUAUCAUUUGACAAGUCUAAAAAUGACCCAUAGAUACUUAAAUCACACCUGUAAAGAAGUAUGCUGCUUUUGGACUUUAUUCUUAUGGCACAUUGCACUGUUUUCCUCUCUCAGAGAUGUACAAUAAACAGUAUAGGACUGUUUCACAGUUUUCCAUAGGCAGUGUUAAUGGGAAACUGGUUAUCCAUAAAGCUGCAAUCAGUCUUCAUACUGUAAAGUCAUUUCUGAAUGUGGGACUUUAAAAGAAAACAGCUUUUUAAUGCAAAAUAUAUUUUUAUAUGGAAUUGUUCAUUUGCCUUACAUUUAUCAAUAGGGAUGCACCGUUUAAAAUAAUAAUUUGGCCGUAAAGUCAGUAAGCCCUUCAUUACACUACCUUUGAAUGAGCAUAAAUUCAAUUGUACACAUUUGUGAAACAACCUUUAAUAUUAUAUUAAAGGUACAUAACCUUUUAAAGGUAACCUAUUAAAGGUUAUAACCUUUCACAUGAAAAAUGUGUUCUUUUAAAAAAUAACUGCUUCGAAAGCCUUUUGCACUGUAUAAUAUAUGAUAAUUCUCUCUCUAAUGUUUAUUUUAUAUUGCUUUGAAAACAUCAUCGAAUCUUUCCUUCAAACUGCCUGUAUUUAUUGAAGUUUCUCACCCAAAAAUACAUUUUACCAGAUUACAUUAGAACACCGCAUGAGAGCAUUAAAAAUUUACCUUGAUAUAACACUCAUUUUUACUGAAUAGAGCUUGAACGCAUCAUAAUGUAACUCAGUGUAACCACUGUUAGCUGUUAGUUGCAACCACCAGCUAUUAACAGCAAACCGCUAACGAUAACUGGCUCUCCUCCUGCUGAUUUUAACACAGAUUUGUUGUUCACAGUGUUGCAUGGUCAGGGGAACUACAAGGUGCGUCCUCUGAUGCAACAAUGGUGAGUUUACUGUGUCUGUUUGUCAUAGUGAUGUCCCAGAGAAGAUUUCUGUUAGUCCCAAAUAUUUUUUAUCGUCUGCGGGACGCCAGCUGCUAUACUCAUAUUAUCACACAACAGUGAGAUCAUGGAGCCCAUUUGUCAGUCACUGUGUUCUUCUUGUACCUGCUGAUUAAUUGAAUUUUGUGGCCGUUACUCUCAAGCUCUGCUUUUAUCCUGCACAAAAGUGAUGUAACACAACAGAAAACAUCGACCACUGCCAUCAGUGAAUGUCAUCUUAUCGGCCGAUACCAAUGCUGAGCCGAUAAAUCGGUGCAUCCCUAGUUAUCAACCCUUUUGUUUGAGAAAUAAAAAAAAAUGAGUUUCCCUUCACAAUUGGGCUAGUUUGUGGAGUUACAUAUAAAAAGGGAUGCUGUUACACAAGAAAAGACUAAUAGUAAUGGUACUAAAAAAUUAGUAUGAUCACUUUUUAUAAUAAUUAUAGAGCAAUUUCCUCAAACGGUUAAAAAAAAAUCCAGCAAUUUAAUACAAACCACUCAUAGAGUAUCUGUAAAGACAAGAUUGUCUCCUAACAGAACCAGUUUAAUGUUUGAUUUUACUUGUUGCUGUCUAAUAACACUGGACUGCACUGUAGUUCAACUCUUUGUCGUAAAAAGGAAAACUAAAUGUGCCUUUGCCUGAUAUCCUCAUGUUGCGUAUCGCAAGUAAUGUAACUUCACGCCGGUUGUAAUAUAAACUGUAUUUGUGAACUUAUUUAGUUAAAUCUUAAUGGUUUUUAUGUUUUGGUAAAAUAACAUUUAAACUUUUAUUAUCGAUACAAGGAGCCAGAAAGUUUUCUUUAGUCAAAUGCACAUGAUGUGUUUGUGUUGGUGUGUGAUACAUGGGAACAGUGAGUCGCUAUGACUGAUAAAAUAUGUGACAUGGUUUGGGAUUUUUGAUAUUUCAGACAGACUUACAGUAUGUCUAGUUUUGAAGUGAACCCCGGUUUGUUUCAGGAUGUAUUGGUUGCUAUAGGAGCUGUUUCUGUUGCAUAUUAACUCACAGCAGCACGUAUUCCAGCUUUAUAGACCAUUUUCAAAUGUAAAUACCUAAGGGCUAUCAUUCCAAAAUAACAAAUCCACAUUCUGCAAUGUCUGAUGUUUAGUGACUUUGUAAACUUCGACAUCGAUAUGUCUCUAGCAUACUUGGAAAAAAAUAAGUCCACAUACUAUUCCACCUGCAGAAUGAAUUGUGACUCUGCAGGUGUUGAUUUGGAAACACAAUUCAUUUUAAGACAUAGCACCACAUUAUACUGCAGAUAGUAGGGGAGAGUGGGGUCAUUUGGGACACUUGUAUCGACACAAAGUAACCUUCCAUUACUCACAGACUACUUGAACAGUAAUAACAAUCAUUUGAUACCUAAAGAGAUACAGGUGUCUGUUAACAGCUUAUCAAGUUUUUAGAGCCCAAUUCAAAUGCCAAAAGGAGAAAUUCUGUAAAAUAUAAGGAGUGUAUUUUAUCCAAAAUAUUUCUCCCCAGGAUGGUUGGGACAGGAAGUAGGGUCAGUUGAGACUUAAGUCACUUAAAUUGGAGAACAAAAGUAUAAAUUUGAAUGUCUUAUAUUUACAAUGUACACACAUUUCUUUGUUAAAAAGAUAACAUUUGUAAAAUAACAUUUUCAUAAAUUACUGAGAUGGAAUUUGGCUGUCCUUAAUAGGCUACAUGUAGCCUAUAGGUUUAUGUAAGCUAUUGAGUGUGUUUUAUUUGAAAAAAAAAACAAAAAAAAAGUCAAUAACAACAACUUGAGAGUUCAGAAGAAGUUAAAUAGUCGACUCUGCACAUUGAAAAUAUGGUCAGGAUUAUUUAUGUAGACCUAUAUUAAGUUCAUGCAUUUCUAUUUUACACUCAAUGACCUCACAGUGGUUCUUAUUCAAUAACAAAAAGCCUUUGUCCUGUUUUUGUCUACUUUUUUGUUGAUUAGUAACAGUGAAAGACCUAUAAACAAUACUGUCCCAACCAUGCCAAGAGCAGGAAUCCUGUGAUAGCUACCAACACAAAAUGCAGACGCUAACAUUAGCAUCAACUGAUAAGCCAAAAAACAUCAUCUGUCCCACAUGUUUUGUUUUUUUGUAUGUGGCACAACUAAAACAGUAUGGUAGAAGAAAAAUGACGGGACAACUUACUGUCCUAACUGACCCCGCUCUCCCCUACUAAAUGAAACAGUUAUAGUUCAGUCGCAUUUUGUGCAUCAGAAUAUUACAAAUAUCAGACUGACAUUCCAGUAUUCACUGUUAAUCCUGAGGUGCUGUACUGGCUGUAUAUUGUUACCACUGACAUUCCCAUGAAGUUGGAUGCUGUUCACCUUACUGUAUAACAGACUGCUCUCAGAGCCACAGAUGCUGUGCUGCAGGCUUUGAGAGAUCAACUUAACAUGAAUGUAAAACUGUGCUGCUACGGUCUACAUAUAUGAUAACACAUUUGCACCUCAUUCUGAUAUGCUCAGCCACUAUACUGUAUGUCUGUUUAACAGGCACAAUGCAAGCUUUUACUCAAUGCAGUGUUUGAUUUUUUGGUCGAUGAAUAUGUCACUAUUGAAUGAUAAAUAAAGUGAUAAAGACUAAAA